CCGCCUCCCGGAUGUCUGUGAGGCGAGCAGGAUUGAAAUAUUAGCGGUUUUAAAGCGACGCGAUUGAGCAUCACCUCCGCACGCCUGAAGAUGUUUCGCAGGAAGCUCGCUGCUCUCGAUUAUCACAACCCCGCUGGGUUUAACUGCACAGACGAGACAGAAUUCAGGAACUUCAUAGUCUGGCUCGAGGAUCAGAAGAUCAGACACUACAAGAUUGAAGACCGGGGGAACCUGAGGAACAUACACAGCCCUGAGUGGCCAAAACACUUUGAGAAGUACCUGCAAGAUGUCGCCAGCCCCUUCACUGUGCUGGAGCGGCAGGAGGCUGUGGACUGGCUGCUGAGCCUGGCAGUGCGCUUCGAGUAUGGAGACAAUGCGGACAAAUACAAGAACUGCCAGCCUCGCGCAGCCGUGGAUAACACUCGGACCCAGUCGGACCCACUCAUCCACCUGGACAUCAAUAACCCUGAUUUUAAGGCAGGCGUGUUGGCUCUAGCCAAUCUCCUUCAGAUCCAACGCCAUGACGACUACCUGGUAAUGCUAAAGGCUAUUCGAAUUCUGGUUCAGGAACGCUUGACUCAAGAAGCCAUAGCAAAGGCAGGCAUGUCCAAAGAGGGUUUGCCGGUCGCCUUGGAACAGCACCUGCUUGGCUUCGAUACAGGAGACGCCACUCUGAACGAGGCGGCCGCGAUUCUGCGCUUGCUGCACGUCGAGGAGCUGAGAGACCUGCAGACCCGGAUCAACGAGGCUAUCGUGGCUGUGCAGGCCAUCAUCGCCGACCCCAAGACUGACCACCGGCUGGGCAAAGUGGGCAGAUGAGGACUUGAGACUCCGCUCCGCUCACUCGCUCUUCUUUACUGGGACCUGGGAGCCCCGUGAGGUUCUAAUGGGAUUUCUGACGGCAUGCGUGAACAUACGGACCUUGAGGUCCUGCCAGGACUGAAUAAAAAUGAAACGGACACGUGACAAGGUUCAGAAGAAAAAGUAAUAGAUGUUGAUAAAUGCUAACAAGUCACUGACAUUGAGUCUCUUGCCUCCACUGUAUUUUUCGCCUGUAUUUUAGUGCACAGUUAAUACAUCAUUGCAAUACUGCCUGUACUGGUACAUAAACAAGCAGCACUUGUGAUGGCAUGUCCUCUCCCUUCCUCUCCCUCCCUCCCCUUCCCUCUCUCUCCCUCCAUUUUUGUUUCAUUACGAUUGUCCUCCAGG